UGCGAUGAUUUGAUGUGUUAACCGUAAAAAUAUUCAUAACUUUUCACAUAUUGUAAUUUAUCAGUAAAACACAAUGGCUGACGAAGAAAUAAACGGAGAUACAGACGAUAUUCAACACGACAAAGACAAGACCCAAAAGAAGACUGCGAAACAUGAUAGUGGAGUUGCAGACCUAGAAAAAGUGACGGAUUAUGCUGAAGAAAAAGAAAUUUCCUCACAGGAUAUAUCUGGCGCUCUUUCUUUAAUCGGCGAUAGGAGGAACAAGGAGGCAGCGGAACGUCUUGAAAAAGAGAAAGAACUACAAAAAGUGUCAGUUAAAAAGGAUGACAUAGAAUUAAUUGUAAAGGAAAUGGAAAUCUCCCGGACGCUAGCAGAAAGAACAUUACGGGAGCAUAGAGGUGAUGUGGUGGCGGCUCUAACAACACUUACAAACUAGCACCAAUAUGGAGAAACUACUGAAAACCAAAACAAGUCAUUUUACCAUGUUCAAUAACUGUUAUUGAAUGAAAAUAGACUUUUCUAUCAUGCAA